GGCCACCCCUCUCGCCGGUCCGCCCUCCCGGGGCCGGGACUGCCACUCUCCAGCCAGAGGGACAGUGCAAGACCUCUGAUCAUUAGAUCCCCUGCCUCUCCAUUGAACAAUCAAGGUAUUCCUACUCCAGCACAGCUCUCAAAAUCCAAUGCACCCGUCCACAUUGAUGUGGCUGGUCACAUGUAUACCAGCAGCGUGGCCACACUCACCAAAUACCCUGAAUCAAGAAUUGGAAGACUUUUUGAUGGCACGGAGCCAAUUGUUUUGGACAGUCUCAAACAGCAUCAUUUCAUUGACAGAGAUGGACAGAUAUUCAAAUAUAUACUAAAUUUUCUACGAACAUGAAAACUACUCAUUCCGGAUGAUUUUAAGGACUACACUUUGUUAUAUGAAGAGGCAAAGUGCUUUCAGCUUCAACCCAUGUUAAUGGAGAUGGAAAGAUGGAAACAGGAUUGGGAAAAUGGUCGCUUUUCUAGACCCUGUGAAUGCUUAGUGGUACGAGCUGCCCCACAUCUCAGAGAGAGGAUUACACUCAGUGGUGAUAAAUCUUUGAUAGAAGAGGUGUUGCUAGAAAUUGGAGAUGUGAUGUGUAAUUCGGUCAACUCAGGUUGGAAUUACGGCUCAACCCACGCCAUCAGAUUUCCACUGAAUGGAUAUUGUCACCUCAACUCAGUUCAGGUGCUUGAGAGGUUGCAGCAAAGAGGCUUUGAAAUUGUGGGCUCCUGUGGAGGAGGGGUAGACUCUUCCCAAUUCAGUGAAUGCGUACUCAGAGGAGAACUCACCCGCACCCUACUUCAUUUGAAUAAGCAGGAGAGUCUGGAUUGACCAGACAUGUUUCUUAUGGAAAAAAACAAAAACAAAAAAACAAAAGGGACAUUCAUGUGCAGUUGGGACACCAAACCAAGUCCUGGAAUGAAAAUCGAAUAAAGACACAUUUACAUCAAAUAAAGACCAUACCUGUAUUCAUAUGGGAACAAUUGGAAUAGUAAUAAUAACC